AUGCAUGCCGAGCAGGACUACACCACCUUCUACCCCUGCAGUGAGCUGCCCGUCCGUGGUUACACCACUCUCUGCUUGAACAACGCCCAGAGCAAAACUGGUCUCAUGAAUGACCUCGACUUCGAGACGAUGAUGACGGACGUCGGAACAGGAGUGCAAUUCCUGCGCAACUUGACCGACAUUGACCAGGUGAUCAUCUGGGGUCACUCCGGCGGCGGUGCGAUGAUGGCUGCGUAUCAGAACGUGGCCGAGAACGGAGCCUCUGCCUGCAACGGCACUGAAAAGCUGUACCCCUGCUCCAGCGCGAUGGAUGGCUUGCCCGCUGCCGACGGAGUGCUGCUCAUCGAUGCCAACUUUGGCCUGUCCACCAUGACUCUGCUGUCUCUCAACCCUGCCAUCACCAACGAGACCACCGGCGCCGAUAUCAACUCGGAGCUGAACUUGUACAGCGCGGCCAACGGCUGGACCGAGAACGGGGCCAACUACACCACCACGUUUGUGCGGGAGUUCUUGGCUGGCGUUGCCGCCCGGUGGAACCGCAUUCUGGCCUCUGCGACCGAGCGCAACGAACUCAUUGCCGCCGGUAACGGAGACUACAGUGAUGACGAAGGAUUGGUCAUCCCCGACGCCAACUACCUCGGCUUCAACAACAAGCUCAUCACCCAGGACGUGCGCUAUCUGGCCCACACUAUCUACAAGUGGCCUCUCCUGCACAAGGACGGCAGUAACACCACCCAGGUUGUCCCAUCUACCACCAUCACCCGCUUCCUGUCGACCUUUGCUAUCCGCGUCGAUGGUGAUAACUUCCGGGUCACCGCGGAUAACAUCACUGGUGUCGACUGGACCUCGUCGCAGACUGCUCCCAUUGGCAGUGUUCCUGGCAUCUCUAAGCCCCUGCUGACCAUGGGUAACACGGGUCACUACGAGUACCUCAACGCCGAGAAGAUCUACCUGGCUGCUACCACCAAGGACAAGUCGAUUGCCUUUACCGAGGGAGCCCAGCACACCAUUGACACCUGUACCGCCUGCGAGAGCUACCCUGGACAGUACGGUGACACUGUCAAGACUGCUUUCAACUUCAUGGACAAGUGGCUGAGCCAGCCCGGCCGUUUCAUCUCUGCCUAA